CCUUGAAAAUAAAAAUAAUUUAAAACAAUCGGAAAGAACAAUGGGUGUUUGGAUAUACAUCACUACCUGUCUACUUUUUGCAGAGGUUUGCAUUUGUCUUGAAAAUCCAAAUCUACUACAACAACUCAUUGAAAAAUUAGACAAGUUGGAUGACGUCCGUAAUAAUCGACAUAAAGAAGAGACCGUAAUUCAUGAGGAUGAACCUCCAAAAUCCAGUCUGCAAAAACUGGGCCAAAAACUAGGAGACGGAUAUGAAAACGCUUUAAGGAUACUCCAGAAGUUGAUAGUUCACGAGAAACGUGAUCACGUAAUACCAGAGGUUGAUCUGAGCCAUUUCACGUGUACUCAGGAAUAUUAUGGUUUGAGGAAACUUGUCGACAACUUAGCCAAAAAGUAUUGUGUUGUAAAAGAUGGUCAUGUUCACGAUGCAUUGGAUGGAUUCUAGUAAAAAGACGUUCGUGUAAAAUUCCACUAAAUUCUAAGGGAAAAAAAUGACAAUAGAUCGGUAAAAAAGAUCAACAAGGUGUGAUUAAUUUAAAUAAUGAAUCGAUAAUAUUAACAAUCUUUGUAUACAUUUUUGUGUCUCUUUAAAAUUUUGAGAUUAAGCUAAGGUUUGCUUUGUAUUCACUGUGUACCGUUCAUGCACCUUACCAAUAUUUUUACCUAUUGAUAUAUAUUUAUUUUGUAAUUAAAUACGUUUGUAUUUAGCAAUAAAUGAAUUGAUAACAACA